CAAGACGCCGUUAUUUUAUACCCUCGUACGCGACUAUGAUUACGAAAAUUUUGAAAUGUAAGAUCGGUUAACGAGGGCAGCGGCGUGGCGGCGGACGGCACUGUGUUGCGGCCUUUUCUCCGUCGAGAAUUUGCUCAGGGAACUUUCUGGUCGACCUUUGAAUUUUCUUCUGGAUUUACUUUCACCUCUCAAUUCCGCUUCUCUGCUAAGCACUCAUUAGCUUUUCGAGUUUUCAAGCGAUUAACCCUAAGCCCCUAAAACCCUAACUAGCAAUAAUGGAUGCAUCGCCCCCCGACAAUGCCGUCGACUACUCACCUUCUUCAACCGUUAUCGAAUUCGACCGCCCCGUUCCCUUACUUCGGGGGCCAUUACCGGCGGGUCCCUCCGUCGAGCCGUCGGAUGGACCGUACGUGCUCGCUUUUAGGGAUUCGCGCGCGUGGGCAUCUUCGUUCCUCGCCUGUGAGCGCAAAAUCGUUGAGCAGUGCGAGGAGGGGGCGAGGAUCGGAUGCGCUGUGAGCGCUUCCAGGAACUGUAAGCCUACGUGGUGGAAGGCUCUGGCGGGCCUCACACUUCACGAUCUGAAGGAACGGGAGGAGUGCGAAGUGCGGGAGAUGGCGGAUUGUUUCGCCGUGGCUAAGGAUAAAUGUGCUGGCUUCGCCAGGGAGAAGUGUUUGGUUCCCUUUAGGGAUGCGAGGAUUAGGGUUGCGAAAGGGGUUUUGAGUUCCAAGGGUGUUGGGAAGUUGAUUGGUUGGGGAUCGUUGCCUGUGAGUGGGAGGAACAUUUGGUUGAUGAAUCAAAUGGGUCUGAUUGGUGGUGAUUUGGGAAUGACGAAUUGCAAGGCUAGCGAGUUGCUGGGAUUUGAUGAUUAUGUGCAAUGCAUUUUGGGUGAACAAGAACAAGGCACCGAAAACUAAUUCUGUCCUCUGGUACGGGAGGAAGAGUUUUGAAACCCAGAUACUUGUGUUUAUACUUCUGGGCUCUGGACUAGACAGUUGGUCUGUCAGGUAGACUAAAGUAGUUCCUAUGCAAAGUUUAUUGGUUAAAGAGAAGUUAUAAAAAAUGUCAUCUCAUAGAGCUUAACGAAUCAAAUAUCCAGUGUUCAAGGGUAAUAAAGGUAAUAUUUACAAUUUAUUCAAUGUGAGGUCUACUAAACGGACCAGGCAGAUUAAAGGUUAUAGUUCGAGUCUUCAUAUUUAGGUCAUGUUUGAUUGAGUUUGGAAUCAAGUUUCUUUGUAAGUUUAGUACAUGUUCUUCCUUUAUUAGCUUUACUGGUGUCAUUGGUUGAGAGUUCAGACAUUAUGAGAAGUGUGAUACAUUACAUUUCAGAUUUCUUAAUUAUUGAUGCACCAGUACUUACUGUGGUUUUCCAUUCUCCCUACAUCUGUAUGGUAAUUUAAUUCAGAAGUUAAACAAAUUGUGUUUCCUUUUAGCCAAUAAAGAAUAGCUCAAGUAACAGAGGAGAAAUGGGUUUGGGUUAGAAGUCAUCGGUAUAUUCUUGAAUGUAAACCAAUGAUGCUUCCUGUUAUGGGAAGGGAGCUAGUGAUAAGAACUUGGGCAUUAGGGUGCCUAAGUCAUAAAUUGUGUAGUAUAAGAUGCUUGGUGGAGUAUCUAAGUGUUUGGUUUUUCCCCUUAAUAUUUAGCUUUGGAGGGUGGGUUCCCCUAAUGCUUGGGUACUUGUCAUUUGGUGUCGGUGCUGAUUGUUGAUGUCUUGGAAAUGGCUACCCAUGAAGGGUUCUAACCAACGAGGGAGUUGAGUGAAGUGUUGUAGAGUGAAACCUGUAGAGGUUGACUCUUAUGAUGGUGCUAGGAUAGAAACUUUGCAUUAUGGGAUGCCCAAGGCCUACAUUGAGUAGUGUGAAAUGCUCAAACGAAACGAGUAUUUAAGUGUUUGGUUCUCACUCCUUAAUAGCUAGCUUUUUACACGAUGGGUUCACUUGGAUAGAUGUCUUCUUUUACCUUGGAUUUUAUGGGCCAAACUUCUUUUGUCUGUCUGGCACGCUACUGUAGAAGGCAAGAAUAAAGUUUAAAGAUUUCGCAAUAGUGAAGUGUUGUAGAGUGAAAGCUGUAGAGGUGUUUAACUUAGAGUGGUGCUGUGAUCGGAACUCGGGUACCCACAUUGAAUAUGAGAUGCUUGAUGUACUUAAGUGUUGGUUCUCCCUCUCAAUAGUUAGGUUUUGAGUGUGAGUUCCCCAAUUACUUGGGUACUUUUCAGCUGGUGAUAGAUGUCUCGAAGUCUUCUUUUAACCUGGAGUUUAUGGGCCAAAUUUCUUUUUCCUGUCUUUGCGUACUACUGUAGAAGGCAAGAAUAAAGUUUAAAGGUUUAGCAAUCACUUGCCAAACGUGAAUGUUGGAAAUUUGGAUAUGCUUAGGGGCUCUGGGACCUAUUUCUAUCGACUGUUCUCCAUAAGCGCAUCUCAACUCUCUUGUUGCAAUUUUAAAAUGGGGCAUUUCAAAUUGUUAUUUUCCAAUAUCCUUUACAUUAUGGAGCCUUUGGUUUGUGAAGUAUUUUAUCAUAUUAGGGAAUUCAUAUGUGAGAAUGUUUUAUUCACAUUUUCGGUAGAACAAGAUAGAUUUGCUUGUAAAAAUUUUCUGAGAAUGAUUUAUUAAAUUACACACGGACUAUAUUGGAAUUUUCAUAUUGUAACUUAUUCCUUCCCUUUAUCUUAGCUCAAACAAGAGGACAUACUAGAGUUCCCCUCCUUUAUCCACUUAAGCAUCCAAACAAUAGAAAGUAACUCUUACCCCAAAAAACUUUCAAACAAAAAUAUCUUGAUAUUUUGUAUAUUUUUUUUUCCGAGUCAUCAAAUUAAGAUUUUGUCAAGUUUUGCUUAUUGAUGAUGAUUGUUGAGAUUAUGUACAGUUGUUUGUUGAGGCAACCAAAGAGGCCAUUAAACAAAUUAUUUUCGGAUUUUCCUCUUGGAUUGGUCCUUAAGAUUGUAGUUUUAGCCUUAGAUAAGAAUUGCCUAAAGGUACCUGUUGCCAUAUCUGCGACGGUGAAAUUACACCUCCCCGCUUUCCAAUGAACAAAUCCGGGGCCUCAUAAUAGGUUUUCCUUUUGUUUUCUCCCAUUCUUCCUUCCCUUUCUUUCUUUUUCUCUGCUUACUCUUCAUUUCUACGGAUGUGCCUCGUCUCUUUUCUCUUCUUAUUGUCAGUGAGGCUAUUAUUGUUCUUCUUAUUGCUCUAUUUUUUCAAAAUUUCAGAAUUCAGUUCUGUUUUUCUGAACGUUCCAUACAGAGUUUCAGAACCAUGUUCUUUUAUUAAACCACCUACAACGUUGUACCUAAUUCUUUUCACUCAUAGGACAGUGUCAAGCACAAAAAAUCAAAUUAUU